UUCAGUUUCUUAUAAAACUAAACAUAGGUUGGGGAGUACGGGCUGGUGUUAGACAAUGUGAACUAGGAGGUGACCAAAGUUGACCUUAGAGUCAACUUAAUUUUGCAGGUGAGGGAACAGAGGCCUAAACGACCACCGGCUCCCAGUAAAGCAGAUUCGCGGCAUACUGUGCUUUGCCCAAAUCGGUGUUGUAGACACAGGGGCAGAGGCAUGUUUGGAGAAAGGGUUCAGAAUUUGGAGUGCGACAGACGUAGGUUGGAACAGAGCUCUGCUACUCGGUGGCUGCGCAGGCUCCCGCACACAUCCUCCCGAACGCUCGGCUUCCUCACCAGUCCACAAGCCUGGGUGCGAGACGUCAACGCGCCGCUGAAUGCGCAGGAGGCCGCGAGGCCGGAUGGGCCGCCGCGCCGACGCCCCCUGCCGGCCGGCCCGCGCCCAACGCUCCGCUUGUGGGACGCCCGCGGCCGGAUGCCCUCCGUCCGCUCCCUCCUCGGCCUCUUGGCGACCGCGGCGGUCUGUGGCGCCUUCGCCUUCCUAGGCUACUGUGUUUACCUCGACCGGAAGCGGCGCGGGGACCCCGCGUUCAAGCGCCGCCUGCGGGACAAAAGAAGAGCCGAGCCUCAAAAGCCUCAGGAGCGGGGCACGCAGUUGUGGGAUCCAGCGAAGAAUAAAAAAUUGCAAGAACUUUUCUUGCAAGAGGUACGGAUGGGAGAACUUUGGUUAUCUAGAGGAGAGCAUAGAAUGGGGGUUCAACACCUCAGCAAUGCCCUUUUAGUGUGUGGGCAACCACAGGAACUUCUGAAGGUUUUCAAACACACACUCCCUCCCAAGGUAUUUGAGAUGCUGUUGCACAAAAUUCCCCUUAUUUGCCAGCAAUUUGAGGCAGACAUGAAUGAACAGGAAUGCUUGGAGGAUGAUCCUGAUUGAAAAACAU